CUUCAUCAUCUAAUAAAACAACAAAUCCAUUUGCUCUUUAAAUCUAAGAUGAAGCCAAAAAUAUGGUAAAUACAACCAAUAUUCUUAGGCAGAAAAGUUAGCAAAACUUAAAUUAAAUUAGAAUUCCUAAAAGAUGGAACGAUCAUAAAUAAACAAAUAAUCAGAAAAAUUGACAGAAAGCUCUAGAUGGCAAAAUAAUACAAUUCAAAAUCAUACAAGUAAAUUGAACUAUUAAUCAAGUACUUAAGGUUAGACCUCCUUUAAAUAAGUCAGAACCUAUUGAAUUAUUUUUUAAAUCUAUCAAAUUGGAUAAUUAUGUCUUAAAAUUAAAAAAAAAAUACUCCUUGAUAUUUAAAAAGAAUAACUAUAGCAAAUUGAUAUACCAUUAAGACACUAAAUUAGAAGAAUCAAAAAUAAUUAGAAAACUUAAAUAAUCAUCUCAAGUUAGCUAAGUUAAUAUUCAAAACGAAUCCAAAUAUGAUGAAGUAGAAGGCAUAACAAUUCAAUCAUAGUAGAACCUUAAAUUGACUUAAGUUUUACUAAAUUUAUUAAAAAAAAUCUAGUCUUAAUAUAGAGAGAAAAUUAAAUGCAAAGAAAUUCACAUUUCAAUAAAAGGGUAAACUAGAUGAUUAUUCAAAUAUCCAAUAAUCCCUCCAUUAAUCAUCUAUCUUAAAUUAAUUAGAAGAAAUUUCUAAUUAUAUACAUCAAAAUCACAUAGGAGAACAAUCUGAUAAAAGCAUAUAAUCUAUUUUAUAAUAACUGAAAAAAGACGAU